AAAUCCACGUACGCACGUCAUGCUGCAUGUCUCAAUAGCCGCUUAUCAAUCAGCACGCAUUAGGCGUCAUGCGUAUUUUUUAUUUAAACAUAAUCGGAUUACGUAGCGGCUACAACAUCCAUGUUAAUACAUCGAGUCGAAAGCUGUCAUUUUCACAAUCGUAUCUAGGCACAGUAGACCGUAAACACAAGUAGUACCGUAUCAGCCGUUGAUCGGCGAAGGUUAUAAAUAGUUUAGGCACUACCGUUAGGUGUACAGCUGCGAAAGGUGUUUCUGACCGUGGCGCAAGAAAGAGACAGAAGUUCCUUGAUAGAAGCACGUGUUAACCUAACAAUCGAUAUUCAAUCGAAUUAGUCAUUGGAUUAAUGAAGUAGCGCGAAAAUGGCCAUGGAACACAAAGAUGAUCACGGAACUUUGAAAAGCCCCAAGAAUCUGAAAUCCGGAAUUAUCGACUUCACCGCGGGUUCUCUCGGUGGAGUAACUCUGGUCUAUGUUGGACAGCCGCUCGAUACAGUAAAAGUAAAGAUGCAAACAUUUCCCCAAUUAUACAAAGGGAUGAUAGACUGCUUUAUGAAGACCUUGAAACAAGACGGUAUAGUCAGAGGUUUAUACGCAGGGACUAUUCCUGCACUUGUAGCAAAUGUUGCUGAAAAUUCUGUGUUAUUCGCAGCUUAUGGACUGUGCCAAAAUGCAAUAGCUAAUUUGACAGGUGUUCAGAAAGUAGAAGAUUUGAGUUUACUGGGGAAUGCCUGGGCUGGUUUUUUUGCAGCAUUUUUUUCAUCCUUAUCACUUUGUCCCACGGAGCUGAUUAAAUGUCAAUUGCAGGCUAUGAGAGAAGUUGAAACACAAAAAGCAGCUCCAGGUGAACGUGUUAAUUUUAUUGGACCCUGGCAAUUAACAAAACAAAUUGUACGUGCAGAAGGUCCUCAGGGCUUAUUUAGGGGUCUUUUAUCUACCAUUGGCAGAGAAAUGCCCGGAUAUUUUUGCUUUUUUGGUGGUUAUGAAACUACGCGGCAAUUGCUUGCAAAACCAGGACAAAAUAAAGAGGAUAUUGGCUGGAUUAAUACAAUGAUAGCCGGAGCUGCUGGUGGUGUAAUAUUCUGGCUUGUUAUAUUCCCAGCUGAUGUAAUUAAAAGCAGAAUACAGGUUCAGAAUCUAAGAAAACCGGUGUAUAUUAUCCUCAAAGAUGUUGUUCGAACUGAAGGUAUCGGUGCUCUAUACAAUGGCUUAAAACCAACAUUAAUCAGAACAGUACCUGCUACUGCAACACUAUUUGUCACAUACGAAUAUUCAAAAGGAUUGAUGCACAAAUAUUUCGAUGAUUGAUGUUUGGAUUAUUCAAUUACGAACAGAGUUACAAGUGUAAAAUUUUCAAUUCGUGGUACUCAAAAGUCAGCUUGAACAUUAGAUGAAAAUUUUUUUUGGGAUAAUUAGAAGAGAAUUAGUGUUAAUUAGAAGAUUUUCAUGCAUUUCAACGCAUUUCAACUGUUAAAAUGUCAGUUUCUGUAAAUUCUGUCUCCAUUUGCGCUGUGCAAUAGAUUAUAUUUUGUACAACUGUUAUACAAAGACUUCAACACCGGCGGUCACCUUUGCAUACCCAGAACAGGAGCAUGGCGAUGUUCUCCAACAGAAAAG